AUGUUUCGUGAGUUAAGUCAUCUAUUGUGAAGUACUUUUAAGGUGAAACAGACUAAGGUGAAUGUCAUGUAACCAGAAACCGGGAAGUGUCACCAUCAGCUGUAUGGUUUUUCUCUCUUCCAAGAGUUUAAUAUAAGUAAUAAAUAUCGUAAUUGUUGGAAAGAUUACAGUCUAUGCGGAGGCCCGACGUAGGAUAGGAAAUCAGUCAGCAAUAAAAAUUGUAGCCAGGAAGUACCGAAAAAGAUAGGGGAGACUGGUAUGGCCAACUAACAUGACAUCAUGUCCGUGACUCAAUUGUAGAACGUUGGACUUGACGCCCAAUGACCAAAGAAACCGAAUUCAGAUCCCAGGUCCCCUAAAUCUGGGGAAGGGUACGUUUGGCUGACGCGGCUACAGAAAAUGUAUGGUUACUCAAGCGCCGAUCUUCCUGUGCAAGUAAGAAAGAGGUGGACAGCGUGAUUUUUCCCGCAUUAAGGGGAAUGCUUGAGUUCCAGGUGUACUUAUAAGUAAAGAAGUAUAAAGAUAGUCGAGCACUGGGACAGUUUGUCCGUUCUUCUGAGCCUUCGGACUCCUGCGGGAGUUCAUUGUCGGAGGUGACAGCAGCAACAGAACCAGCGACAGUCCUGGGGUGUACUUGUCCAAUCAGCGAUAAGUGACACAGGUCUGGAGGUGGCCGCGCAGGGCUCCGUAUGCCGGCGCAAGAUCGAAUUAUUGACUGGCUGGGUUCCCAUUCGCGGCUCAGACUUUAGUAAAUGUUGGACUCGAUUCGCUUCCGGCGUGGGCGAUUAUUUUGGCAACUGCGACGUUAAACUCAUGACCCCUUUCGAAGAUGGGGGCAGCCACUCGCGAUAAUUUGUCGCUCCUUCGUACAGCCUGCUUAUGUUCGUGUCUGUGUGACCGCAGGACGCGUUCAAGGAUCAUGCUAAAGCUUGCAUUACUUUCAAAAAAAGAACUGUCGGGCCGUACAACCUCGUCGUCUUACUGUUUGGGGUGGGGCAGUUGGUCUCAGAUGUGGAUAAUGUUUAAAUUGUGAAGCGUUUUGAGGCUAGGGUCGUUAUUUCAGUCAUUGUAAACACGUAGGCAAAAGUACUGAGACAGGCCAAAGGAGGAUGAAGAGCAUAGAUCGUUUCCUGUCUGCAGAGAUCAUUGAAAAAAGCUAAAUAUACUUCAUGGCUUUGGAGAUAAACGUUAAGCAGUUAGUGACAAAGCUACGUUUUUCGUCUUCUGCUAACUAUAAAGAAGCGUAAAAUUGAAGGAAUCCUUACCUUUAAUUUUAACAGGAAAAAGGCAUCCAAAGGAACUGAAAGUUCAGAUUUAAUGAGAGGGAAAUGCGAAUUGAGAGGACUUAAGGGAAACGCCUACUUUUGAUUUCGAACUAGCAUUUCAUCCCAAUUUCAUGUUGAAGGAUCUUCGAAAAAACUUUUAUGAACGAUUAAUUAAGUCAUCCGACUUUCUAAGCUCAUUGAAUUAGGCACACUAUGUUGCAGAAUUUCUUCAACCUAGGUGAAUCAAUGGGCCAAGGCUCAAAACAUCUAUUAGAUCAUGCAGAAAUUUUAUGCGUUCCGAAAAAAGCCUCACUCACGCCAACUGACAUUGUCUGUCAGUCUGGUCCUGAGGGGGAUAUUUUUUAAAAUCUCUUUCUCGGGAUGAUAAACGGUGAUCCCAACCGAUCUCCCGAAAGCAUUUCGGAAACUCUGAACCUCCUAAGUUUGAGUCUGAAUGGUGUGAACCAAAGCACACGCACACACCCACAAUCACAAGAGCACACAGUGUAGCGGCAACUGUGGACCAAAGAGGCCAAGAAAUCUGAAAAAUCGUCCCGAAAGAUGUAGGAAAGUCUCAUUUUCGUACUCUCAUUACUCGAGGCAAAAGAGUAUAAAUAUGCCAUCAACCUUUAUGCGAUCUAGGGAACUGAGAGUCUGAAGAUGGACGAAGAAUGACAUCUCUCUGAUUUUAUAGACGAGCUGGUACUCUGCUCGACAAGGAAUGCAUCACUUCAACACAUGAAAGUGAAAACAACCCCAACAUUUGGAGUAAAAACGAGAAAGAAUUUAGACAGUAGCGGAUGGAUGACGUUGCCUGCCGGUCGACUAAUUAGACACGCUUGAAACCAGUUUGUUUUCAGAAAACGAACGAAUUCAUCCGAGUAAUCAAGCGAAUGCUUUACCGCGAUUACUACCAUGAGAAUUAAGCCCACUGGGACGAUGCAGGCGAAAAAUCCCAGAUUCGAAUCUUGUUGUUGUUUUCAUCGUGGUAUAAAUUAUUUUUUCCUCAAUGGAUGUUCGUCUAAUUCGUCGUGCCGCGAGGAAAAAACGAGUGUUCACGGGGUUGCAUUAAUUGGUGUAAUUAGAAUAGCGACGUGUGUGUGGGUGGUAGGCCUGUCUACAACUCAAACCGACAAUUCAACGGAAGCCGACAUCCCCAAAGGGAAUAUCAAAACCACUGGUCCGUAGUAGAUUGCAUAAUGGAGGGAGUUUUUUUUCUACCUAACACAGUCUCGCCUGAAUGAAAAGACCUCCGCGAAGCAAGCGUUCUUUAGAAAAGUUCUAUGGUCAUUUACUUAGUUCGCCGUUUGCAAUACCCAGAGACACGUGUAAUUGAAAAAAGGCAUUGACGCAGAAGUACUGCGAGGCAUUCCUUACUACUUUCAGUUGAGACUUCAUAUUUCGAUGUCCGAAUUUUGGACGUUUAUGUUUGAUAGGUCCACAGGUUGCUAUUUUUUAAGUUACCUCAGUUGAGCUUCCCAGCACAGUCUUUCGAAGAUUACAAUGAUGAAGUAUUUAUAUACGUUUCCGAAUAACUUACUUCAGCAUCUCCCGUCAGUGGCCAAUAGAAAGCCUUCAUCACCACUAAGACGGUAUAACUCUCUGAAAUUUGAAGAAACUGAAUUCGUCCUUUAAACUGACUACAGCAGCAAGAAAUUAGGGGAUCUCGCAUCUACUGGCAAGUACGGCACGUCAUUACGGACAUUGUUCAUCAGUUGUUAUUCUUUUUGCUGUUUUGCAAUCGCUGCGUUUCCUCAAACAAAUUAAGCUUGCAUUUGUUGGCAAAAUCAUGCGUUUUUGCCUAACUUAGUGGUAACAGAAUAAACUAAUUUGCUUUAGUUUGGGCAGGCGAUUUGUGUAUUUUUAAAAGCAAACCGUCCUGUGGAUUCCUUUGGUCUUUGAACAGCCUUGUGUCAAUGCUAUCCAUAAGCAUAUAGUAACCUAUUUGCUGAGAUUGCAGAAUUUAUAGGGUGCUUUUUAAUUCUAGCGUGCCCCAUAAAUGCACAAUUAAAUUGGGAUUUUUUAAAAAUCUGCCCAACGCAGUAGGUCAUUUUCAUUAAAACUCUUCAUCGCCGCAGUGCUUCGGGAAAAAUAAUAGUAAAUAUUUUUAAGGGAUUAUUUUUUAUUUGCCGUAUCACGGUGGUAUUCUUACUUUUUUGCCUCCAAUCGAAAUUUACAUCUUGCUGCUUUUGUGAAAUGAUUCAGUUAAAUUUUCGGAAUACAACAUUUAAUUCUCUACAUCAUCCGGACAAAAGGACUUCGAACCUCAUGGACAUACAGCCAGCUGGCUUCUUUAGUCUUUCGAGCAUAUUUAUUAUUGAAAUCCUGGGGUAUAAUACACAGAAAGGGAUUAUAAUCAGAAGAGACGAUCUAAUAAUCGUAAGAUCAGUGGGCAGGUCUUAGUUCAGUUUCUAAUGAUUUAUUACUGCGGCUACAUAACACAGAGUGGGCAACCUAGACGCGUUACUGUGUCCACAAGACCAGCAGUAUAGCGUCUUGUGGCCUUGGCAUUGCAUAAGUCUCAAAUGAAACUGGGGUAAAAUAACCCAUUUUCUGCUCACAAUUCUACCUGGUAAGUUGGUUCUUCCACUAGCUAAAUUCCUCUGCUGACAAAUAAGUCAAUUAAAAGCAGAUUAACAGUUCAUAAAGUUGUUCAUUUUCACCACGUUUAAGGGAAAAUAUAGUAUAAAAAUACAUUUUCAUUAAGGGACUGAACACUUCACCAAGCGACAUUCUCAGGCGAUUAAUCAUCGGACUGUCAAGCGAGGUAACUGGGGAACAAAACUCAAAAAACUCAAGGUAUUCCAGCAAUUUCCUCUCUUCAUCACUAUAGCAGUAGACUAUGACUGAUUAAAUUACCCAUCUAAACAUAAAAACUUGGGCAAACUAGGCGUGGAAAACCGUUUAGCGUCUCCAAAAACAUUCAGCCUGAAUGCACACAAUUUAUUUUAAAUAUCAUUUUGUCGGUAGGAAAUAUAUACUCUUUUUAAAAAGGCAUGCAUACCACUACCUUCUAUUUCUUAUAGCACUGUAUCUUUUUCAAACAAACGAUUUUUUCGGCCUCUGGUGUUACCGCUUGUAGACGCUACCAUGGAAUGGUGGGACAGGGGAUAGCGAUAAUCAAACAGAGAAAAUGCAGGCGAAGAGCUUGAUUAAUUUUUGGUCAAGACAGGUGAUGAAGUUUUAAGUCAAUGCUACUAACUUUGCAUUUAUAACGAAGGGUCAGGUUGCAUAAGUUAGAAAUCCACAUACCUACUUAGAAAAAAUGCAGGAUUGUAGUAGACAACUUUGUUUGAUAAACCAAAUUUUUAACUUUUACAAAACACAUUCCGCUUUGUGUUUAGUGAAAACUGGAGCAGUAAAGAAAACUUCGAACAGCGAGGUGAGAAAUGAGAUAUAUGUGACCUUUAUUUCAUUCGAUGAAAAUUCAUACUUUUAUUUACUCACAUUGAACCAAAUGCUUCAGCCGUCGCAGUGAUUUCCUAUACAGACAGAAUCACGAAGCAUUUUCAAGCAAAGGCUGAACUAACAACUUGGACUAUGCUUUCGUAAUGCUAAUCUAGUUUCAUUUAAUUACAGACGACAAGGAUGGGGGAAAGAAAUUAAGCCGAGAGCGACAGUGUUUUAGUAACCCCAGCUGGGCCACUGUGUGUUCGACACAUGUGACCGAGGUAUUCGCUCACGAACGCCGUAACUCGGCUAAUUCAGCCUAGCUUAUAAUUAUUAAUCAAUCGAUCUCACCUCUCGUCGUCUGGACUUAGUACUGCCGUCGCACAGAGGAGUGUGGAGGAGGAGAGAGUGCUGAAAAUACUGCGCAAGUUUGCAAUCACAAUAAAUCAAUUCACGCGUAAGUUAUCGUUUCUGCGCCCGCCAUGCUACGAGCAUACGGUGGACGGCAUUGUUCGCGAUGGUUAGAUCACUCUAAUUAAAACAAAAUUGAUGGCUAGGCAGGUGAAUUCGAAUUGUGUUUGCAUUAAACGUGCAUCACAAGUAUUACGAUUAUGAGAGAGGAAUUUUACAAACAAAUGGAAAUUAUCGUCGUUGGAUGUCAGGAUUCCUGUCAUGAAAAAAGCAACCACUUAUAUUUGUGAGUCGGCCUAGGACGAGGGUUCUAACCUAAAUAAUGAUUUUUUGAUGUCUUUGUGACUUACGCUUUUCUUCAAUUGACGACGUAAGUAAAAAUAAUCGGGGUUAAUGAAAGAGGCAGAUAUCACCAACAUUCAUUACAGUACACGGUCAAACACGCGAAAUUUUCGGAAAGUUGCUUGUUGCCUUGGGUAACUGACAGAUUAUCUUUCAAUACUCCUAGUAAAACGUAUAAUUAAAUGUAGACGACCUAAAGCUGAAAGAAACACAACACAGUAUUGUAGGCUAUGCUAGCUUUCUAAAAGAGAGUAUUUUUAGCAGUGCCCUGAAUUUCUGAAACUGGCACAAUUCAAAAUAUAUAUCCGGUACAGUGAAAGAUAAGGAGUGAUGUGAAAAUGCGAACAAAUAAAAUAAACUGUGGUAGCUAAAACACUCAAAACCGGGUAUUGCUAUUUUGAGUUAAAUUUAAUCUAUUUUUAGGCAAUAGAUAUAAGUAGCAAAUAGGAGAGUGACAUUAUAAUGUUCUCUCUAUUAGGGGAAACCGUUCCAGGAAUUAAAAGCACCUAUACAGUAAUCUUGGAAACCGUCGAGGCUGAAGGUGCUCUUUAACUGUCACUGAGCAUAUCUCACUUUCCGUAUUUUUAGCUGAUUCAUGGUCUUGAAGCUAACACGGUAAAUUGUACCUUAAUGGUGCUUACAGACUUAUCCACAUCUAAAGUUUUCGUCCUAUUUUAACCCGGAGCUGCAAAUGUAUUCGCAUCAUUGAAAAAGCAAACUUCCACGAUGAGGAUGUACGAGUGAUGAAAAGCCGUUUACGCGAUAGCACCCGACUUAAAAUAAUUUUUUGCAGACUUUCAUAGAUGAAGGGCUGCGUCAUUCGUUUUCUUUUACAGUAACGUCCAGAAGGGGUAUAAAUAGGUUUUACGUGCACAUACUUUCCAUACUGAUUAUUAAACGUUUUUGUACCCCAUGGACGUCUUUUUUAUCUAGUUCGGGACUCUCGUCAAUAGUUUACUGAAUUUUACACUAUAUUUUAUUGUAAUAAAUGCAUCACUGAGAGAACCUUGGCAUGUAAAAAUGGUUCGCAAGAUAUGCGAUCAGGUGUAAUAGAACAAACUACUCAUAGCCCGUUGGACAUACGUUGCUACUGUUGUGCGGACAUAGCGUACAACGUAAAGCAAUUUUUAGAAUAAUCAUUUGUAAUUAAGAACCUUCGGUUUGGUAAAAUGAAAACUGGGCCAGGAAAAUUAUUCUGUUUUGGAACACGAAGUUGCACGAAUUUGCAAAGCCGUAACUUUGCAAAAAACACAUAUCCUUUAACAUUGUGCAUCGUACUAAUUACAAAGAGAGCAGAGUCAAUUUGGGAGUCCACAAACGACGUCCUCUCUUAGGUCGUUUGAUCAGACCUGCAUCUGUUCCUAGGAAAACCUGUGUAAUUAUGUAUGGACGGUUCACAAUAUUCGGUAGCUUGCAAAAUCGCUUUGCUCGAACUAUCGCGUUUGUAGUAAACAUAACUUAGAAACACAUUUUUUUGGAGAGAAGGUCAUUUCUAUGCAUCGUGCAUGGCCAACCAAUAAGGCUCACGGCAGUGAACUCAUCCAAAAUGACCAGAUACGUUUAUCAACACUGUCCAUCAGUUUUGCGCCGAAAUUGCGUCCGUCUAAGUAAUUCCGUCAGGCAUUGUAGGAAGUAUCCUUCAGUCAGCCAGUGUAUUUGAUGGAAAUAGGCUUACGCCUGUGAACUCCCGGUUUGUACAUAAAAAUCGUUUAAAUGACAAAAAUGUGAAGAAAUUACGGCAUUGAUUCACACAGGUCACUGGUCUCAUGGCUACAAAGUCACAAAGUCCGUUUGUUGCUGCAGCGUAUGUCUGUCAAGCCGACAUUUAAAGGUCUCCAUAGAUGGGGACAUGACAGUCGUCUCGGGCAGGUUAUUCCACGGUUCCACGACACGGCUGGAGAAGAAAUACUUUCUCACAUUAAGUCUGCCUUGGGGCACACGUAGUUUGAAGGGAUGUCCCCGGAUGCUAGUUGUAGUGGCGAGUUGGAAAAAUUCGUCGCACCGAAGGGCGCAGUUCAAGCCACGCACGAUACGGAAAUUUUGUAUCAAGUCUCCGCGCGACUGCCUAUAACUCAGAGGAUAGAGAUUAAGUUUAGUUAGGCGGAUCACGUAUGGCAGUGCACCUUGACCCCGUAUUAAUUUUGUUGCUCACCUCUGCACAUUUUCGAGUAGACUGUAAUCCUGCCGCGUCCACGGACUCCAGGCCUGAAUUGCAUAUUCGAGAUGCGGUCUUACAAACGUGCCGAAGACUUGAGAGAACCAGUCUUCAUCGAAAAUUGCGAAUGACCGCUUGAUGGCGUACAGCAUUGAAGUUGCUGCCUUAGCCGCCUUAAAACAUUGUGUAGAGGGCUUUAGGCUGUCUGCAACCCAGACUCCGAGAUCUUUUUGCGUUUUCGCUUACCGGAGUGGCAUUCCGUUCAGAUGGCACUGCCGCGUACUAUGGGUCUGAUUUCCGAGGCGCAGUAUGGUGCAUUUGUUCAAAUUGAAGGACAAGAUUCAUCUGCGGGACCACUCAUCCAAUCGACAAGGAUUUUCCUGGAAGUUGGUCUCGUCGGCAGCAUUCUGGAUGGCUUUCCGGAUUUGUAUAUCAUCUGCAAACAUGGCACUAUCACUGUCCAACCCAUCUACACAAUCAUUGAUGAACAAGAGAAAGAGGGUUGGUCUGAGAAGUGAGCCUUGUGGGAAACCACUCUCUAUGAAUGUGAGCCUUGAUUCCUGUUGUUCUAUGCGGACAAUUUGGGAACGGCCGAUGGACAAAUUCUCGAUCAAUUUGAGAAUUUUGCCGCCGAUGCCCAUGACCCUCAACUUGUACAACAAGUAUUUAGGUGAGAAAAUAUGUGUUCUUGAUGAAACAUCCGCAGACACUUGUUAGUUAUGUUUCGUAGCCUUGCAUAUUAGGGCAAGACUCUGCAUGGCUGAGACACAUGCAAAUGGGUCAAAACAACAACCACUGUGAGGCAUUACGUUGGCAAUAGGACUUUUGGCAACGUUUGACACGGUACCGUCCCAGGGGGUCGGUUUUCACAGAUUCUCCGGGAACGCCCUAUAAUUGUCCACGGAGGCCUACUCUUAGAUAAUGAGGUCAAUUACACAAACCAGUUUUGCCUGAAUGCCAAGUUUAUACCUCAGAGGAGUCGGUGUACAUAGGGGAGCACAAAAGAUAACGCAUCCAACACCCAUCUCAUGAUAAAAAAAUUUCUCAUUCCUGUCGCCCACGCGUUGAUGACUCCAUUACAUGCAUUUUUCUGAAGAUCAGUUUGUGCAUAGAUGAUUUCCCAUCCAAUAUAAAAAUCUUUUCUUCUGAUCUGCACAUAAAGAUUAGAACCAGGCCUUGUUCCGGGGGGUUUGUCCCACGUUUGAUUUCCCUAGAGAUUAAAAGUAACAGCAAGCACACGGUAAGCGUCUUCGGGGGAUACGCUAUUGGGUCGAACCCCUCGCACUCGCAUCAUGCAUCGACACCAAAACGUCAAAACACGCGUGUUCGGGCUUUUAGCUAUCAUCUGUACUGUUAAUAUGGUGAACCACUAAGUAUUUGCACUUCGCUGACUGCCCCUCGACAACUUGUGAAUGCCCAUAGCAUUUGUCGAACCGAGCGCGAAAAGCCUUGAUACGAAGGAUUCAUCCCAUGUUCGCGCAUCAUUUACCUCAGAAACAAAAAGACAAUUUCAAAAUUUGCUUCUUUUAUGAAUGUGAGGCACAAAGAAUUUAUUUUCUUCACCUGGAUCAGCGCGUGGGCUUGUUUGAUCCGUGCUUCUUCGCGCUUCUACCUUCAUUCUAAAUUAUUCAGAGGGGUUUAAUCGAGUUCCGGUCUAAACAACUGCCCUGAGGCCAUUUUUAAAAAAACGCUCCGGCAGUAUCCGUAGUAUAAAUGCAUUCAGGAGCUGCUUGUUUCAGAAUUAAAAUAAAACAACUAUUGUUUCAGAAAAAUCCGUUAAAGAAAAAUAUUACCAGCGCAAAUUUUAAAAGAGGACGAGAAUAAAAGUUUCUAAAAACUGAGGAAGAAAUAACUGUUUUUUUAGCGCAGUUGGACACACACGCUUCCACGUGAUGCGAACUCUUUUGUUCAUCCUUUAAGCGUUUUAGGCCCUUAACACUCCCCAAUCCUCUUACCUGCGUGUUAGAGAGGUUUUCGAGGCACUUGAUUGGUCCAUAAUCUCGUCUUUCAUGUUUGGCAUGGUGCUACUCCCACAUUGACUCCCAUUUUAUUGCCGACACUAAUGCUCAUUUUUCAUUUGCCCGGGAUCAAGCGAUAGGCGUUACUGGGAUACAGGCGUGGCGCCCAACAUUUGGAGAGGAUAAUGUAGUAAUGGUCUAUAAAUUCCGUGCUCGUGAACCAGGCCAUAAACGUCAGUCUGACUGCAUUUUCCGUUAACGCUCAGAUACGUGUGAUGUCGAUUUCAAAUUAAGCAAAGCGCAAAUGUAUGCCGUCUCCGGCUACUAGCAAGUUCAUCCGACGUAUUUUGCUUUAGGGGACUUGCCCUCAAUCUAGGAGGUGGCGUUCGGUGUUCCAGCACCCGACGGGGGCUCCUUAGAUCUACCGACAGAGCGCGGAUUUUUCCCUCCAGUGUAUUGGGCCUUAGAACUUGUGAUGGUGGCUUUUGUCGUGUCACUGGCAUGUCGCAUAGCAUGCCAGGUGACUAGAUCCUCCACCGCGCCCAGAUCACUCACCAUUUUGCGUUCAGUCCUAGCCCUAGAAAACAGUAGCUGACGAUACUUUCUGUGGACGGGGAAAAUAGGAAUUGGAAUUCCCCAUGGGAAUUCGGUGUUGGGAGGCUGUCCGUAUGUGGUUUCCAUCAACGAGAGCCCCGUGGGAACAAAUUAGGGUCUGACACGCACUACUGGACUGAGCACUUCCAACAACUGUUAGUCGUGGGUGAGGGUGUGUUGACACCCAUAGAGUCCGGCUCCCGCCCCGCCAGCCACCCGCCCCUGGCUCUGCCUCUGGUCCUCUAGACUCUGUUUUGACACCAGGCCCGGACGGAUGAGAAAUGGAGGACUACGACAGGUACGGCGCAAGGUCCCGUCCCUGAACCCACUCUGCUUUAAGGCACACAGUGAGGGCGGCUGAACCGUCGUAGGCGGUUUCCAUGUCACUUGCGCGAAAGACGACUGAAGACGAACCGUAUGGGGCAAAAAAUGUACAACCAGGGAGCGACGCCGGAGUAAAACUGAGGACGUUCUGUCAGAGUGCGGGUUCGAAGUCGGUCUUGUCUGUUUGGAUGGUAACUGGUACAAUAUAAUUUCUGCUCGCCAAAUCAAAGCUGAGGUUUGUCUUCAGUUGCAGACAGUGGCCUGGAGAAGUGGAUCAAUACUUCGGGCCAGAAAUCCUGGAAAAAAUGUUUUUUGCUUAGAACAAGUAAAUAAAGUCCUCGGACAACCAAUCAGACAUUUCGAUGGUCACCGAUUUUUUUUUACUUAUGUUGACUUUUUUAAAUGCUACGCAAAGUAGGAAUAUCGCUGAAAACGUAUAACAUGUGAGCUCUUUUUAUCGAACCUUGAUGUAAGUGAUAGACAGUCUUCGUAUUACUACCUAAAUUAUGACAUAUUUCUAGACAGCCCUUUCCAGUUUCCUCAGGCAAUACGAGUUUAAAAGUCCCGGCGUCAAAGUUUGUGGGAAUGAAAUCUAUUUUGUCCCCAAAAUUGCAAACAAAAUCAAAAGAUUUCGACGGCACCUUAUAUAUCGCGCAAAUGAAUAAAGCUAGGAAGAUUUUCGAAGAGUUGAGAAGCAUAGACUUUUGUUGCGCGUAAAAACGACUACAAAGAAGAUUGAUAGGAAUAGCAGAAAUAACCUCAUAUGGGAUGGAAAUCUUAGCAAACCUUUUUACGAUUGACUAUUUGAGGAGAAGAUUGCUCGCAGGAAGCGAUGCGGUUGCGGCAUUAUACAAAGUUUAGGGUAGUACUAUUGGGUAGAUUGCGUUCCCUAUAAAUUCAAGUGUUUUUUUAAAUGUGAGUCCUUGAGCAUACAGUUUCAAGCCUUCCUAAACACUAUGUAGUUUGCUUUAUCUUUCAAUAAGAAAAGCAUUCCUUCAUACAGUAAACCUGUUGCCUCAUGAAAUAUUGGCUGAAAUCCUGAAAUGUGUCUUCCAUUCCAAGUGACUACUUAAUUUAGGCCACAUGUCUAACUUCAGGCAACAUAAUCUUAAAAUGUUUGAGUCAUGUCAGGAUGCCGACUUUUGGAAGAGCUUCUUUUCGGCUGUUCUAUAAAUUAUUUCCUAAAAUAUUGCUACUUAAGUAGCAUGAAAUUUUCCUACGGACUUUUGAUGUCUUUAGAAAUUGAGACAUUUUAUGAAAAACCUGCGCAAAAAUAGUCCUUGUAUUAAUUAGGUAGAAAAUUACGUCUCCUUUAAAUUUAGCACUUAAAAAGGAUCUUUUGGCGUCAAGAACCUCAAUUCUCGAAUAAUUUUGAACCUGACCUGCCGGUACACUUGUAUUCAGGGUUUCUGAAUCCACAAGCUGUACAUCGCCCCAGCAAGCAAAAUCACACUUAUAAAUGCUCAUAAGAAGACGCAAAAUAGAGCUUUAAAAGUUUGCGGUGGAUGUGGUCCAUGAUUAUGCCGCACGAUAGUUUGUCUUUCAACACUACUUAGGUCAUCUUUUCGAACCGAAGUCACGUUGCAAAAUUUCAGGUCAUCGCACAUCUACAUGCCUUUAGUCGGAGCCUUGUUUUCCUAAGAAAGGCUGUCAGGACUAUGCAAGCAUAACGUACUUGCCUCUUCACUUAAUACUUAAGAUAGAAAUUGGUUCUAGAACAGAAUUUAAUGAAAGUUCGGUUAUACUGAUCAAAUUUCCUUCGAAUGGAAGGCGUCGACCGAUUGCCGAUGUACGCAAAAUGUGAUUUUUCGAGCAACAGUUAAUAAGAAGGAGAGGUAAUCGUUGGAAGUGAGGAUUUACUUUCUCUGAAUUUCAGUUUUUCAUUCGGAUUGAUCAUCAGAUGCGACUUCAAGUGCUGCCUCUAACUAUGGACUCACUACGGAAUCUGAAACGUCAAACGGAUAAAAUCCUUAUUUUGGCGAUUAAAUUCUGUUCUUCUCUGUCAAAUGAUAAAUAUUCCGCCGUAUUUCUACCGGGUCUUUAAUGCACAUUUGACUGCACAUUGAGACCGAAGUUAAAGCAGGUAAAACUUAGGUUUCCAAGAAAAAAAUGAAUUUGACAUAAUCUACGGAAUGAGAAAAAUGUUUUCUAUGACAUUUAAUAGUAAAAAAAUCACACAGCCGAAAAAACACACUAAAGCACGUUCUCUUUGGCUGGUUAAGUGUCAUAUGCAGUCAGUAACCGAUUUCACAAAAUGUUAGCCGAGAUUGUAAAAUGUGUUUCCGAUUAGGAAGGAUUGCUUAAAAUGUUUUGAAUAAAUAAUUAUUCUGUAACAUAAUCCUAAGAUCUCUUUAGUCAAUUCAGGUUCCCGGUUUUUGAAUGCACUUCUAUUCGGCAGCCUGCAAAAUCUGCACGCGGUAAAAAAAUGAUUACUUAUAUAGAGCAAAACUUGUCCUUUUAUUUUCGGCCCGUUUCUAAAUUCAAGUAUAUAUUACGCAAGAAGUGGUUAUACAUAACCACUCUCUUGUCCCAUGUUUAGCUAAAUGUUAUAUACUCCAGGAGAGGAUGCACUUAGGCUUUGAAAAUUGUUCAUUUCCCGAAUAAUUUUGAGGUCGAGCUACUUUUAGAUUAGUGUUCAGGGUUUACAGCCUGUGAGCUGGAUACUUUUCUUGCAAGGAAAGCGCAGUAAUUCCAUACCAUUUGGGAGGUAUCAUAUAGGACUCAUAGGGUUUUGCGGUGGAUGUGCACUGUGGUGUAUACGCCACAGGCAGCAAUAAUAAACGGACAUGUACGAUCUUAUUAGAGUGGACAUCCUGCAAUCUUAAGAUUUCUCAUAAUUGCGAACGUUUUAGAACAGAAUGAUGCACGUUCUUCGAGUAUAACAUUUAAAAAGCAUUUCAUGUUCCGCUAAACGAGUAAAAACAUACUUCUGAACAUGUCUUCUACGAAAUUUUCUGACUUUGUAUGGAUACCGAAAAUCAGUGGAAAACAUCAUGCUACUUAUAUAGCCAGUUCUUACUGAGUGCGCGUUUUGCAGGCGACCGAAUGAGGUGCAUUCAAAUGCCGGAGUCUUGCCGUGACUAAAGCAUCUUGGGGUUAUGCUGCAUGAUGAUCAAUCUUAUGGCCCCACAAAAAUAAUCCUCCCUAAUUACAAAUGCAUUUCAGAAUUUCGGUGAGUAUUUCAUGACCGUAUUUAUGAAACAAAAUGGUUUCCAGGAAAAACCAUGUGAGUUUCGGAAUUCCCAUGCUGCAGUCAUUCCUUGCGUUGUUCCUAACAGAUUUGCAUGGAACCCCGUCUUGCCUUAGUCAGCAGGAAUUCACUGCAGUAUUUCCUGGCCACUACACGAAAUUUAAAUUCGAAGAAACAAUGAAAAACUUAACUUGGAAGAUUUGCUCCAGUCCAGCAUAUGAGCACGUUUUAACUCUGUGAUUCUCGCAUUCGUAUUAUCAGCUGGGAACAAUACGGAUGAUAUAUCGUGACCGAAACUCAACUAAAAGUUCUUUUCCACGCACAUUAUUUUUUUGUGGUUACUGUAUGAAAAAAGCAUGCAUCCUUAGGUGAUAACCGGUUCCUACUUAUAUUUAGACACUUUCCUAUAUCGUUUAUUGCCUACAUGCACAAAUUUUUGCACAAGAAAUUGAGUUAAAUAUUAAACGUUUGUCCAAAUGGCCAUCAUGAACUUGAAACUUGAUUAUUUAUCAUCUUAAAUCAGACAAGGCAAGGCGUGAACGCUCAUAUUAUUUAUAUAAAAGCCAGCGCUACUUCUUUUCUAUAUUAAUUCUGACCUUCAAAUGAGAGCAGUUUAAUAGCCUAAAACAUGGUAUAUGACGUCAAGAUCCAAUUUUCACUUUAAAACGACUUUGAUCUUGAGGCCUUAGCAAAUAUUCUCCAUAUAACCACGGGAUUUAUCUAAUUAAAUGGUAAUUGAAGCUACUGAGGAUAUCGCUGAAUGAAUGCAUGUGUUUUCAACUAAUACGCAACUUAACCAACACACAGGUACCGUACUGGUCGUAUCAGAUAUAUUCCUUUAACCAUAUAAUCACCCUCUAGCAUAUUUUUUCUCCCGUGAUUGGACAAAACAUUACGUAAAAACACCGUAACUCGUCAAAAGUUAAACGUUAACUGAUUUUUUUGUUCGAGGCAGAGACACUGCUAAUGUUUCCCGGGGAAGCAAAAGGGAUAAAAUUACACAAUUUAUCCACAAAAGCUAUUUUGAAAAAUCAAUAAAUGUGUAGGUCAUUUUAAAGAUACCGCGGCAAGGCUAUUCUUCGAAAAUAUUUUAGUAACGAGGGGUUCUCUUUCCGUCUAGAAAAUAUUAAUCAUAGGCUUCCGUCAUCAUAUGGGAUUAUUUCCAUGCCAACCUUUAAAAUGCCUCGAAGCCGUCAUCUGCAGAGGAACAAAAGUUCGAAAUCUAUCCACGUUCAAUAGGUGACAUAUUUCAGUAAACAAUAAUCAACAUUCUGAAGUGCAUUUACGAUUUGAAAGAAUUACUCGGAUGAGACUAGGAUCUUGAUUAUUAUGCCUCAUGACUUAAAGAUAUUUCAAUCACGCCAGAGUGGUGUCUUCUGGAUGGAGUUUACAGGCUGCCUAAAAAAUCAGCCUUGCUAAAAAAGAUUAUUUGUUAAGAAAUGAUUUUACCCCCGAUUUUUGAUUUUCUUUUAAAUUCAAAUAUAUUUUUAGCUAAAAUGUAUGAAAGUAUUUCUUUUUAUUCUGUUUCGGUAGGGAAAUCCGUCUGCUUAUUGUUUGAAAAAAUAGCUUUUGCUUUUAAAAAUGUUUCCAAUUAAGAAUAUUCAUGGCCGUAAAACGCAGCUUCCAAUAACAUGGCGGCUUUUUGUUUAUUUAUGAUCCCCGUAAAACAUGCAAUAUGCCCUUUAUCUGUUGCAAUAUUUUACUAGCGAUAAAUAGCACCUUUUUAAUUACAUGAAAGAAUACAUAGUUUUCCUAGCAAGAAAUGCAUGCGGCUUGCCUUCUGAAGCCCCAAAGAACAGGUGUGAUGAAAGGUUGGGUCAAAAAUUAUUCGGGAAGUUAGGAGCUAUUUUUACGAGCCUACGUACACGUUUCCUUUGAGUAUGGGACUUGAAGAAAACAUAUGCUACUACCCAAACAUGAAAAAGAAAGAUAUUUUUAACGCGCUAUCUAUAAUUUAUGCUGAGAAUUUUGAGGACAACGAAAUCGAUUUAAGAAUUCUUAUAACGUAAGUGGUCCUUUUUAUAAAGUGUGACUUUUGCAAACGGUCGGAAAGAAGGGCACUCAGGCGUGAAUGAAAUGUCUUGGGAUUGGGCGGCAUGAUAGUAAAUAUUACAAACUCACUAACGUAAGCGCUUUUUAGGCAAAAACGCGUUCCAAAAUUUGCAUGUCAAAUGAUGCAAAAUGUGCAGUACAAUUUCGAAAAGCUCCCCUAUGCAGCAAGCAGCUGACUGGCUGUCAUACUACAUAUUGCAUUAAUCCUAAAAGGACACCUGUCCCGAUGUUAAGCUAAAGGAAGUUUUUUAAUUUGCUUUUGUCUACGCAGUUUCAUUUACUUGGUCGUUUGCAUUAAUAUAAAUUAUGCAGUUUUAUCAAAUCUACAUAAGUUUUUGUUAGCAUCGGCAAGUUCCACUUUUUUAGAAUACCGUCAUUUUCAGCCAACACAAUGCCACUUUCAGCAAUUCUUUUGCGUUUUUCUUUUCCACUGCGUUAUUUGAUUUAUAUAUUUCGAUCGGCUGCUGUGAUAUAAGGAGUUGUUUGAUGAAUAUUAAACGUUUUAGCAGGUUUUGAAUAAGAUAAAACUGACAAUUGUUGCGUAAUUCAGGUCGCCUAAUAUAUUUGUCCACGCAAAAAACCAGCCGCGGCAUAGAGUUUAUUAGCCAGCACUUUACUGACACUUAAUUUAACAGGAACCUAAACUUAAUUAGCUGUCUACUUUAAUUAAGCCACUUAUGAAGACACGCGCAAGUUAUGUGGCCAAUGAUAACACAACCGUUUGGGUUACCAUUUUCGGUUCGUUACGCCAUAAGUUGCCCGCGUUAUUAAUUUUAAUGUUAAUUCGCAGCAUAGUCUGUCACACAGUCAGAAUUUUCUGAUAUCUGCAGUAGACAUGGAAAAACGGGAAGCGUUUAAACUUUCAUCCGACUAGCGGUGCGCGGACGGUUAAUACUAUCGCGUAUGGGACACCAUUGCAAAAUAUUUUCACCAUAUUUUGGCAGUUUGGAAAGUGGUAGAGAAGAAACCCGUCGCUUGGCUGACUCCUCAAAAUACAGAAAAUGAGGGAAAAACAUUACUUUAAAAAUACCAGGCGUCAACGUGAUUUUAGAAAAAGAUUUAAAUGCCGCCGUCGGAAAUGCAACAGACUUUCGGGCUAGAUCGCAGUUGGUAGCCAGGCCCCGUAUUACAGGUGGCUGGGGGGUUUGUUUACUGAGGCUAUUUUGUGGGGUUCCAUAAUCACAUCUCACCCAUUUGGCCUCCGUUUUACGUCUGAGGUUAGGAUUAGGGUAUCGGUUGAUGGUGUCCAAUUUUCGGGUUAGGGUAAUGCCUUUAGGCCUUGGUUUUCUGGUUACGGUUAGGGUUUGAGCGUACGAUUAGGUUUCAGUAUUAUGGUUAGGUUUUUCUGUUACUGUUAAGUCUAAGGGUUUGCGAUUUUGGUUAGGGUUAGAGUUGCCGUUAAGGUUGACGUUUAAGGUUGAGGUUGGGGUUAGGGUUAAAGUUAGGAUUAGGCUUAAGGUCGCCGUCUGCUUCUUCCAUUCGUGGCUACCAAUUGCGAUCUAGCCGGAUUUUGGUUUUAAACGAAUAGAAAGCGCAUCGGUUUCGGGAAAACGGAGGCUCAUCUUCAAACUUCGAGAUCAUACUGAAACAUCUUUGGACCUGAAGUCAAUUUAUGUCAUAACUCAUAAAUUGCAAUUGCUUGAGUGUGUACCAGGAAACAAAAUACAAAAGCCAGGCUCCAACACCCCGCAGCUGCUUUUGACUAACGGGCGUGAAAAAUUUGGCCAUAUUUCUCUUCUAAAUGAUUUCACCCCACUUGACGAGUUCUCGCAAACCAAGUUGAAACAUCUGUGUCUGUGUUUUGUCUGUGCAAAUUAUCCGGUUGCUUAAAACCUAUGACUAAAAGUCCUCUAGGAUAUUAAAGAACUCAUUCGAGCCAAGGUGCUGUUAAUGUCUGCAUGUGCUGUUCAAAAAACGAAACAGAGAUUAUUGAGACAGUGAGCUAUGUUUAGUUCUGAGUGAUCUGUCCGCGUAUGAUUUAAUGUGUCUCUUUCCUUCAUGUUCUCGCUUUCUGUUCAGAUUGAGCAUUCCGAAAAAUGUGCAUAGUACAAUGAAUUUAGUAAGUAGUCAAAGCAACAAGUCUCAGAACAAAGCAAGGAGAACCCAGGGGAUUACCGAUCACGUAUAUUUUCCGUCUGACGUUACAGAUUGUUAGCUCUGCGACUCACUGUGGAACAACGGGUAACACAACUGUCAGUGGAUACGUAUUGUUGGCUGCAGGACACUCUAACCAUAAGCUUGUAAUUUUCCCGUCAUUUCCUGGCCGCAUCGAUGCCACAGAUAGAUGCUUUCUGUCUCGGUGUGAUGAGCGCAUGUGUGCCGAAUGGGAGAUCCGGUUUGUGCAGACAAAUGGAUUCUCCUGCUCUUCAUCGCCACAGCGGAUGGCUUCUUGUUGGCUAUUAGUGGACGUGGCGGGUUGGCCACUUUUAGUUCUUUUCAUCAAAUACGUCUAGUUUAGGCAGUGACACAUGGCUUGGAAGGCUGGAUGACGGUCAGUAUGUCGAUGGAAAGGUUUUGUAUUCGAGACGCGGGCAUCGGGUGCGAGCCGAUCGCCCCGCGCAGUGCCCUGAUCGAUGGACCUUGUAGCGUCCUUGUCACGUGCGUCCAGUUUCAGCAGGCUUCUAAGAGUUCAGACCUACGCAUCGCGUCACUAAAUAUAUUCCAGCAGGCGAUUCGGAAACGUUUGCCUUGUUUACUCCAACUAACUACAAUCACUGUUUAUGCGACAGUUCCAUAGGUCAUAGACAUUUUCGCCCAUAAGGCAAAAGGUCUUUUAUUAUGUCGCCCGCCAACGCAGUGUGGCUCAUGAUCCCUGAUUUACCAUUAGUCCAAGAAGUCUAAGCGUUCAGGAGUUCGUAUCGGUGACCCCUUUUUACGUAUGGCACUGCUUUCAAGAUUCUUCCACUGACAGCUCUCCGGUAACCGUCAUGCGUAAUAAGGCCACUGGGUCAGUCCACUUUUUGAAAAUAUAUACUACAGAAAAAGAACUCUUCCGGAGUAUGUCCAGUAGUUUUCUAACGCUGCCCUCGGUUUUCUCAGUUCGAAAUGUUUCCUAGGCAUCCAUUUGCGUACUCAGAUAGCAAGCUAAAUCUCGCUUGUGCAGGGUACCUUGCUGUAAUUCCUCCGUGAACGUCAGAGCCGCUAAUCACAGAUCUGCGAGUUCAGAAUUGAAACGCCACUAGGAAAUCAUUUCGAAAAAACGACUCUUAUGAGAUCAUCUCUAAAACAUCCCUAGCACGUUGGAUGUGAUAUUGGCGCAAGUAAUUUUUUAAACAUACUUUGGUUUAGCCAACAUUUACGGUGAGUGCAUUUAGCUUUUUCCGCAGAUCUAGAACAGGGGAAGGUUUCAGGCCUUUUUUCCAGCCCGUAACUAAUGGAUACAUUUUAAAUCCUGUGUGGCUUCAAGAGAUACCGCGCAGUGCGUUUAGGGUAUUCAGGAAAAAACCGCGCCUGCACAUCUCAGCUCGUCUGCUUAGGCGCACGAUACCAGAAGACAGGGUAUCCGAACAAAUCAAACUGAAUUUUUAAAGGCAGAAAAACUUCCAUGAAGAAGACCCAGUGGGUUGUGGUUUGACGCACGAGGCGUAAGUGCUAAGCUCUCUACAGAAAACACAUCUUCAGUGAAGAAUAAAUUUGUAAAUCGCAUUUUUGAGAGAAGGCAAAAGGUGAUGUAUGGAUCUCUUCUGUUUCUAACGAAAAUUAAGAUAUUUAAAAGCGGCUUUUCAGCGCUAAUAUGUUCUACUCAACCUAUUUGGAGAUGGUUGAUACUACUUAAUUGCAAGCUUUUUCAAGAUAAUGUGAGUCAAUGGAAAAUCACAUCCUGAAAUUUAAGGCAAAGUUAAUACAACAGAUGACCCAGUCAUGAAAAGUUGGGGAAAAUUCUUAAAGGUGAUUUCCACCAGAAAGAGUCACUUAAACCGGGCUCUAAUAAUGAAUCGCAUGCGGCGUUAACACAACACAAUGCAAUUACGCUAGGGCGCCGACUUUUGGAUGCACAUUGCAAAACACCAUUUGACGAAAAUUUGCUACUUAGGAAGUGUGAAUUUGUUCCAAUGCUUCUCAAAGCCCCUAUCAUUUAAAAACAUUGCACAGAAAACCUGCACAAAGAUGUCAUUUUUGUCCUCAUAUAUCUUAAAAUUUUAAACUUAUAUAAACGGAGUCCCGAAGUUAAAAGUUUAUAAUUUCGAAAUUUGUUCUGACCAUGAAAUAUGUGUUUAAACAGCACUUUAACCAUCAGUUUAUUAAUGUUCCUUAUAAUGCCCGGAACAGUGUUCAUACUUAUUGUAAAGUUUUAUGGCUCUUGUGUAGAACCUUUUUAACAGUACAGAGGAAUGCAUGGUACGAUACUUAGGCACAAAGUAUAUGCCUUGGGUUUUGAAAGUCUAAGCGUAUGUGAAACGGCGGGUAGGGUUCAAAAUUAGUCGGAAAUUAAGAAACCUUUGGAAGCAGAAUGUUACCUUUCUUUCAAGUUAAAAAGUAUAUAUAUAUUUGUGGAAGAAGGUAAAGAGAUCUCAAUACCUGGGGUCGGCAUUUUCGCCUAUAUCCAUAUAUAUUUGUGCAUCGAAAAUCAAAAUGAAAAUUCCCAACAAGUCAUUAUGUAACGACUGUGGUUUUUGUAAGUUUUCGGAAAGAUGAAUAUUCAAAAAACUGGCUUCCCGGUUUGACUAAAAUGUCUUCUGUUUUUGCGGCAUGUCAAUCAAUAUUACAAGCCCGCCUAUGUUGUUUUUCUUAAGUUAGGUAAUUCUUCAAAUUUUUAGUUCAAAAAUCAUAAAAUACGUCACCUAACGUGCCUUCCUAAUGUAGGCAACUUUUUGGAGAGCCAAAUCUUUCGUCUUGGCGUGCCAACAAUAGCCGAGAAGAUAAGGUUCUUAAAAUGCGUUCAUAAAUACAUAGGUUAUGCUUGAGUUUAAGUCUGAAAAUCAGUCUUCCUCACAUAGAAAUUAGCUCCGCGCCACUUUUGAAAGUCAACCGCAUUUUUUGGUUGAAGUAACACUACCAAGGCUCUUUCCUGUAUUUCAGUAACAUUUGUUUUUUAUUAUUGUCCCAUGUCUGUUGAAUGUGUGUUGGCAUUUAAUUCGCACCCCUCAGAAACUGAGAUCGCACCAAUUAUCCAUAAACAGACACAUUUUAUAACGUUAAUGUUUUAACUCUUGGAACAAUUCGUUUAUCUGUCUGGUUUCGAAAACUUUGUUAAUCUGAAGAAACUCUGUAGCUGUUUGAUGUUUCCAUUUUCGAAUUUUUUAUAUAGUUCGCUUCCUUGUAACAAAUAGGGAGUUCAAAGGUUCAACACCUAUAUUUCCCUCAAAUAAACUGAAACGUGGCUAUUCACUUAUAAGCAACAGAAGAGCUCGGUGCACAUGACAUGCUUACUAAAGCUGUUGAAGUUGCGUCAGAAUGCUUUCCAGAGCUUGAGCUCGAUCGAAUAUGGUAGAGGGGGCCCACCGAUCGUGUUGUGGAACUCACUCGUCCUGUUGAACCUUAGAGCUCUCUCUCGAGCUCAACCAACAACCCACAGCGGCGCAUAAUAUAGGCAGAAUAGCAUUACCAAAUCCUGGUUCUCGAUCCCGCGACCUGUUAGUUAGCGCUCUAACGCCUCUAACCACUGAGCCAAGGCCUCGUUGUCCUGAUCGCAUAUUCCUACAACAUUUGCGUACAUUGUGCGUGCGUGCGUUUUUACUGAAGCACAUAGCACACUUCUGGCAACAUCUGAAGACAUAGACUUGCGCCAAAAGUAGCUGCAGUUUCUCCUGUGCAGAAUUUGUGGGCUAAAGUCAUUUCGUGCACUUGCAGGCACCUUCUGGGACUGUAAAUCCUGGAUUGGACGGAAGCGAAGCGCGUCUUUUGGCUUGCCUCCCCUGGCAGUGGAACGGGGGACAGCCGGAGACGCCCUCUCCCGCCCGGUCGCGGGCGAAUCGACCCGUCGUCUGA